GGCCAUUUUUGACGUCGUGUGUUCAUUUCUGAAGUGUUGAAAAUGAUACAAAACUUGAAAGAUAUUCAUUGAUAUAAAGGAUCUAUGGUAUCCUAGUAUAGUUGCCUUAAAUAUCGAUAUUCGUCCCUAAUUUUGAAAGAUUGAAAAAAAAAUGCGUUUCUCAAGAAGUUAUCUCACAUAUAAAAGAACCCUGCGCAUUUUCGCUAUUUCCUUCGUUGUUACCGCGCUUAUAUAUCUAUCGUCGACUGAGGACGUGGUUCGCCGUAGCCUCGGGGCGAGGAGGGGAGCCACCGACCUUGCGACACCUGACUCUAAGGCUGAGAUUUCUUUAUCGCAAAUCGAGGAGCGGGCGCGAGGACCCCUUCGCGCAGACGACCCGGGCAUCCUCCAGCUCCUGAGGACCAAGUACCUCGACCCCCCUUCCUCCUCCCCCUACAACCUGCGCGAAGGACCUCCUGAGGACGUCGUCUACACCACCUACAAGAAGCAGUACCCGACGUGGACCUUCAUCAACAGCGCCCUCAAGGAUCUAUACGAGGGCCGUCCUCCGGGCUUCUUCGUGGAGGCCGGGGCUCUCGACGGGGAGUACCUCUCGAACACCCUCUACCUCGAGAGGCACUUCCACUGGACAGGACUCCUGGUGGAGGCGGAGAAGGAGAGCUACACGGUGUUGAGGGAGAAGCACAGGAAAGCGUGGUCGUCCCCUGCGUGCAUUGCCACCAAGCCCUAUCCUCACUCAGUCGUCCUCACCACCUUCAGGCAUGCGGAUCGUCAGGCUCACUGGCUGGACCGGGGGGCGGCCAGGAUCGAAAAGGAGGACGCCUUGACCAACGAAGGACCAGGCUACAGAUCCUACAGCGUCGUCCAGUGCUUCCCGACCCUCUCCUUCUUCUUGGCCCUCAACGUCACCCACGUCGACGUCUUCAGCCUGGACGUCGAGGGCGUCGAGGUGGACAUCCUGCGAUCCUUCCCCUUCGACAAGAUCACCGUCGACGUGUGGGUCAUCGAACACGCCCUCCCGUCGGGAAAGUCCCCGAAGUAUCCCCUGUGGGAAUACGAGGACCAGGAGUUCAUCGCCUUCAUGGAAGCUCGCGGGUAUUAUCUGUUCGACAUGUUUUGCUACGCCAUCGCGGAUUACGUCUUCGUCAGGAGGGAGAGCGAGGUCUUCCAGAGACUCGGCGUCCCGGAGGAGCUGUGGACGCGGAGGGGCUUGUGCCUCGAGAAGCCCGAGUUUCAGCCGAACAGAACCGAAUAUUUCCCUGUGGAUCUGAGGGAUAGGCGCCACUGGCCGACGCUCUUGUACUCGGGUUAAAUGCGUUCUGUUGUGGGUGUUCUAGACGGAGCAAUGGGAAGGAGGAAAAACGCUUAUUCUCGUGUCUUUGUUAUUCUCUCUUUCGUUGUCCGUUCAGUAUGAAUUAUUCACAGUUCACGGACAUCGUAUGCUGUUCGUUUACACAAAGUCUUUUUAAGAAGAAAUGAAAAAGAAAAAAGAGAGAGGAAGUGGUGCAUAAAUAUAUAAAACUGCCAUGCAUACAUUAUCAUUAUUGUAAAUGAUUAUUAGAAAACAAAACUCAAGUACUAAUGUAAUCUAAAUGUGUUAGUAUGGUAACUCCUGUAUACAUACAGAAGUAUUAGCAUUACUUGUAAAUUGUAACAUAC